AUGAUAUUCAGGGGCGAGCUACUCCCGAGGGAGCGGAUCAGCUACACGAACGCUGUGCUAUGCCUACAGAAACUCCCGAAUCAGGUUCCAACCGCAGAAUAUCCGGGGGUUCGGAGCCGCUUUGAUGACUUUGUGGCAACUCACAUUAAUUACACACUGCAUACCCACUACAGCGGUCUGUUCUUGCCUUGGCACCGGCGGUUCAUCUGGUUGUGGGAAAGAGCUCUGCGAGAAGAGUGUGGAUACCAGGGAUAUCUGCCAUACUGGGACUGGCCUCUUUGGGCAGACAACCUUGCAGCGAGUCCGCUCUUUGACGGUAGUGAGACAUCCCUCUCCGGGGAUGGAGAAUACAACCCGGGCGAACAGAACAUGACCGGUGGGAAUGUCACUCUCCUCCGAGGCUCCGGUGGAGGCUGCGCCAAGAGCGGGCCCUUUAAAAAUAUGAAAGUUCAUAUGGGGCCAUUCUCACGCACCCUGACCUCAACCACCGAGAUCCCGGCGCCGAGAUUCGACUACAACCCGCGCUGUCUCAACCGCAGUCUCAACGACUUCGUCGCCAGCCGGUACACCAAUUCCACCCUGGUUUCCACACUGAUGGCAACUACCAAGAUGGCGGAUUUCCAAAUGGCCCUGGAUCACUGGCCGCCGCGAGAGGACGGGGUUCUUGGCCCUCACGGCGGCGGACAUUUUAGCAUCGGGUCAACAAUGCAGGAUUUAUUCGGGUCGCCCCAAGAUCCGGCUUUCUAUUUGCAUCACUCCCAGAUCGAUCGAUUGUGGGCGAAGUGGCAAGAUGCGGAUGAUGCGAACCGGCGGAACGCGCUGAAUGGAACGAGUACAAUCAUGAACCCGCCCGCGGCGGAUCCCGUCACUUUGGAUACGAUGAUGGAGUUCGGGUAUCUCGAUGCACCCCGACCGGUACAUGAGGUCAUGAGUCCCCUGGCCAACGGGUUUUUUUAUAUCUAUGCUGGAGACACGUAA